CCUCGGAACGGAAGGCCACCAGCGACCCAAAAGCGAAGGAGCUAAGCGGGUCCUCCCAUGGCGACGGCGGCCUCUAGAACCUUUCUCCCCUUCCAUCCCAAGCUUCUAGAAGUCUCCAGAAUCUUCUCCUACUCCCCGAGGCAUCGCCGGAACCUGCCCCUCCUCCUUCGCCGGAGCUCCUCUCAGUCCGCCGCGCAACCGACGCUCGAAGCCCAAGCUCGGAACUUAGAUUCCCCUGCCGGGAUCCCGAACGUCGUGGAUAUCCUCCAGGAGAGGGGCCUCGUCGAGUCCAUCACCAGCGAGAGUAUCAGGUCCGCAUGCUCCAACCCUAGCGUCAGCCCCCUCAAGGUCUAUUGCGGCUUCGACCCGACCGCUGAAAGCUUGCACCUUGGUAACCUCCUCGGUCUCAUCGUCCUCUCCUGGUUUCAGCGAUGCGGACACAAGGCCGUCGCCGUGAUCGGCGGCGCCACCGGCCGCAUCGGAGACCCCUCCGGCAAAAGUUUAGAGAGGCCAGAACUGGACAUCGAAACUCUAGAGAAGAACAGCGCAGGGAUUAAAAAUCUUAUCUCUAAGAUCUUAGGGGGUGGGAAUUCGGAUGCCGGAACUGGAAAGGAGAAAGCUUUGGAUGUGGGGAGUGAGAAAGGUAGCAUCUUGGAGACAGGUGUUCGAGAAAAUGCGAGUUUGAAUCCGCAUUCUGAAAAUAAUGGGAAUUCGAAUUUUGGUAUUGAAAAGAAUGCAGCUUUGGAUUGGCGGUUGGAUGAUUCUUUCACCAUUUUGAACAAUUAUGAUUGGUGGAAGGACAUCACCCUGCUGGAUUUCCUCAGGGAAGUAGGGAGGUUUGCCCGGGUGGGUGUGAUGAUGGCAAAGGAGAGUGUCAAGAAAAGGUUAAUGUCCGAGGAAGGAAUGAGUUAUACCGAGUUCACUUAUCAGCUCUUGCAAGGCUAUGACUUUCUAUAUCUAUUUAAGAACAUGGGUGUGAAUGUUCAGAUAGGUGGGAGUGAUCAAUGGGGAAACAUUACGGCUGGGACCGAGCUGAUUCGGAAGAUAUUGCAGGUUGAAGGAGCUUACGGUUUGACAUUUUCCCUUUUGCUCAAGAGUGAUGGGACCAAGUUUGGAAAGUCUGAAGGGGGAGCAAUAUGGUUGUCAGCGUCGAUGUUGUCACCUUAUAAGUUUUACCAGUACUUCUUCUCUGUGCCAGAUGUUGAUGUUGUGAGGUUUUUAAGGAUUUUAACUUUCUUGAGUAUGGAGGAGAUUCGGAAGUUGGAGGACGAGAUGAAGAAACCUGGUUAUGCUCCCAACACGGCCCAGCGGAGGCUCGCAGAAGAGGUAACUCGGUUUGUUCAUGGAGAGGAGGGACUCGCCGAAGCAUUGAAGGCAACUGAAACUUUAAGACCAGGGGCAGAAACAAAGCUGGAUUGGGAGACCAUUGAGGGGAUAGCAGAGGAUGUGCCAUCAUGUUCUUUGGCAUAUGGUCAGGUGUUGAAUUCUUCUUUGGUUGAUCUUUCAGUUUCUACUGGUCUGCUGAGCAGUAAGUCUGCUGCAAGGCGUCUGAUGAAGCAGGGAGGUCUUUAUUUGAAUAACAGAAGGGUUGAUAAUGAGGCAAAGGUGAUUGAGGCUGGUGACAUAGUUGAUGAGAAAGUACUACUGUUAUCUGCUGGAAAGAAGAAUAAAAUGGUCAUAAGGAUAUGCUGAAUCAUCUUCAAGAAUAAUUUUCAAGAAUAUCAUAAGAAUGCAAGAUGGUGGAUGGUAAGGCGGAGGCUUUUCAUGCAAAAGAAGCUGUCUCAAUGAAAAUUUGGAGCCGAGAUUAUACUGGUGCAAGAACACUUCUAGAGGAUCAGAGGAUUUCCUCCUUGCUCGAGCAUGUUUCAGAAAUGCUUAUUGUAUGUGAAAUUCUGUGCUCCACAGAGAUGGAUCUCCCAAAUUGUGGGAUUGACUGGUACAGGGUCCUGCGUCUCUCUCCUUUGGCCGAGGCUAUUGCCAUGGAAGCAGAACAUCAGAAACUUGUCUCCCUCGUACGGCCCAUCAAGAAUGACUUCCCAGGCACCAGGUUGGCCCUUAAUUUUGUUGACGAUGCAUUCUCUGUGCUUUCAGAUCCUCUGAAACGGGCAGCCUUUGAUUCAAAGAGGAAUGGUGUAGCGCAUAACUUUUACGAUCUGGAUUUUAAGGUUUGGAGCAGUGAUGGUCUGAAGUCAGGAAAUGAAACAGCCAUCAAAAGAGAUGUUGCAAAUUGACCUUCCAGAUUCUGUCAACAAGCUGUUCAUGCUUUCUCACAACGUCCCUGCAUUUAGAUUUGUGGGUGGAGAAAUUGAUGGAAUUGCAAAUGGUAUAUUAGAGCUAGACCCUUUGGCUGUGCCAGAUGAUCUGGGCCAAGAUUUUUCUGGUGCCAUUGUUGAUUUUGCAGACGCGCGCAACAGAUCAUCCUCAUGCAGUGAUGAAACCAGUUUCACCCAACUUUCAAAUACUUCUAAGAAUGUUGUAGGCUCUGGUGGCCCAAAUGUCAGUAUCCAAAACCAUAAACCCAAGCGAUCAUCUAAGGAUUUUGUCACCGGACAGAUAUGGGCCAUAUAUGAUGGUCCAGAUGCCAUGCCUCGACUAUGUGUUAGAAUAAAUGAUGCAAUUUCACCAACAGAAGCACAAAGAAGUCUUUCUAUAGAAUUUACCCUCGGCAAGGCAAAAUUUGGGCUAUGUACAAAAAGUGGAAUCGCAAUUGGAAAAAUUCUGAUCUUGUUAGGUGUCAAUGUUAAGUGGUUGAGAUAUUCUCGGACUGCUCAGAGGAGACCAGCAUUAACAUAUGAAGCUUGGUUGAGGUGAAGGGGUGCAUGACCUUUUUUCCAGAGGCAGCUAUAUUAGGGGUUCCAGUUGACGAGGCAGCUUUCACGACUGGAAGUGCUCAGCUUUUCACAUAGAAUCCCUGCUUUCAUGGUGGUUGGAAUCAGAGGCGGAGACAGACGCACUGCCCCCAUGGUUUAUCAAUUGAGAAGGACCUCAAGGAAUGACUGUGCCCAGGAGUUGGGUUGAUUAUAACAUUUUAUUAAUAGCAUGUGGUGCUAUGCUUUUUUAAGAACUGAACACUUUGGCUGCAUUUGGAAGUGAAGUUAACCUAGAGUAAAUGGGUCAACUUACUUCUAUUCCAAAGUCAGUGGGGUAAAUGGGUUUGGAAGGGAAAAUGUUGUGUACCAGCUUUUCAAAAAUACCUGUUG